AUGGCCGAGAAAAUGACUUUCCUCACGGGCGGCAUCAACCCCGGUGAUGGUCUCGAGUCCUUUCUCGAUUCAGAGACGCCUCCCGAAAGCCUCGGAAUCUUUAUGAGCGAUCCUCAGCUCAGCAGCGAACCAAGCAUUGCGGAGAGCAGCAGGGUCGAGGACUCAUCGGAGCCAAGCGACUGUGUGGACAGUGCUGUCCAAAGCGCUUCUCGUCCUCACCCGCAACACGUCCUGCAGCAAGCGCUGGCCUUGGAAAGUAUGCACCCCUCUCUUCCUCGGAGGUAUCAUGGAAAGGUUCCAGAGAUCACGUUGCACGGACCACCGAGCAAUGCAGCCGAGUCUAUCGAGGGUCUUUCUCACGGAAGCUCCGAAACCAGCAAAGCAGCGCCGAUCGACCCCAGCGAAACGAUGCUAUCGCAGGGGAUAGGAAUGGGCUCGCCCAUGGUGUACUCGGCAGAGAACGAGCACUCGAGCUCCAAUGCCUAUACUCCCGUCGCAGACGAUCCCGACAUCAGCGCACUCGACACUGAGGACCCAAGCCAGCUGCCUCGAUCAAUUCUCAAUGGCAAGCCCUGCCCGAAUGGAGCUCUCCCGCACAUGUUCUCUUCUCAGCCAGUCUCCCAGAACCAGCCACAGCGACAAUCGGACAUGGCACGACGGACUCCUCCCAAAACAACACAGCAUCAAUCAUUCGGUUCGGUAUCUCGGCGGUCGUCUGGGGAAGCGCUUGAGGAUUGGAUUGUGCCAUCAUCGCCGCUGGCUGGACCAGUUGCUGCCGUCACCGCAGCGACCCUCGACCGACACAUCAUCCGUCUCAUCACUCAUUGGUGUACGAAAGUAUAUGUCUCGAUGGCGAGCGGCCCCUCAUCGUAUGCGCCGUAUGCUAAAUUGGUCAAGAGCCUCUACGUCGCCCGACCGCUCGCCGAGAAAGUCUUGGCUGGAGACCUCGAUAUCGUCUUGCAGCUGCUUUUCAACCUCGAGCAGUUCAAGAUCGAUGCUGCUCUCUCGACAACCAACAUUCUUGUGCAGUCUCUGGGAGACCACGGCAGGCAGCUGCGAUCGGUGGCACUGAGCGGAUCGCCGGUGACCGAUGCCUCGAUUCUCGUGCUGAUCCAGUCCUGCAAGCAGCUGCAACACUUGGAACUGGGCGAUACACUCUGUACUUGCGGCGUCCUUGACCUUGUUGUGUCUCACGGGCCUUCGAUCCAGAACCUUGAUUUGCGGAGAGCGUUGGCGGCAUCGAGACCCUUGACUUGGAAUCCGCAAGCCGGGGCGCAGAUACACAACCGGACACCGGUGUCGCUUGCAAAGUUGGAUCUGACUCAGUCCAAGACGACAAACGAGCUCAUAUGGUUCUCGAUUCCGAUGUGCCGGCAUCUGGUCUGGGUCCAGAUUUCGGGAUGCACCGAGCUUGGCGAUGAAUCUGUUAUUCAAAUUGUCAAGGCUUGUCGGCUGCUGGCCUAUCUGGACUGCAGCUCCGUUGCAAUUACAGAUCUGGCGCUACUAGCCAUCGGGAUGUACUCGACAAAGCUCAGACUACUAAGGUGCAGUUGCUGCAGCAGCAUCACCGCCGAAGGCGUUCGGUUUGCCGUCACUGGAUGUCCGAUCAUCGAGGAGCUGGAUCUGGACGACUGCCCAGCGGUCCAAGAAUCGUUCGUGUCCGAGUACAGCCUGGAUCGGAGCGAAGGUCGAUGUCGAAUCAUGGGUGACUCAAUCAAAUGGCUGGCCCGAUACUUUAGAGUAUUGAAGAAGAAAGAGCAAGAUGACAUUGCCGAGGAGCUUGUUCCUGGGGUUUCCGAUAUGGAGUACUCGCAGCACCCCGGGAGCCGCGCACACAGCCAGAGUCGACUCGAGGCCGAGCCGAGUUUGUAUCGGAGCCAGCAGAUAGCCAACGAACAGAGUGCCUCGGCUGGCCAAAGCUAUGGCAGUCUGGGAGAUUCUCCAAGCAAGGUGGCAUUACGAAAGUCGUCUCUGGAUGGAGCCGUGCAAACCAGUUCCAAGGGCGA